AUGAAAAAAAUGCUCGUGGUUGUACCAACCGCCGCCCAAGUACAUAGCGCUCCAGGCCUUCGCCGUGCCUUCAAGGACGCGUGCCAAGUACGUAAGUAUGCGAUGAAGUCGUUCCGCUGCCAGUUGGGCGUUCUUUCCAGGCCCGAGGGCAGCGCUGUUUGCCAGUUAGGGAAGACAAAAGUCGUGGCUGCGGUAUUCGGACCGCGGCCGCCCCAGGGGAGCACCGACACCGACACUGAGCUGGCAACCGUGGUCGUGGAGUACCGCCAGGGGCUCUCAAGCCGCCCGUUAUCAAUACAGACGCUAGAAUCAGAUACGAUAUCCACUGGACUCCAGUUUGCCGGUGGAGAAUCGGACGAGCAGCGCUGGGCACCCUCGCGCGGACGCGCUACGCUCAGCGAAACGGAGCGAAGGUUCGCAGCGGCGCUAACGCGCUCCCUCGAGUGUGUCAUCGCUCGCACUGAAUACCCACGACUACAGUUCUGGGUAUAUAUCUGGGUUCUGGAGGAGGGUGGCAGUGAACUUGCGCUUGCAACAACCGCGGCCUGGGCCGCUUGUCUAGAUGCCGGGGUCGCGCUCGUUGAUGCACUUGUCGGCGUCUCUGUCGCCGUUAACGCGACACCGGGGUAUGCAGGCACAGAGCAGACCUGCAUCGCUUUUCCAACAUCGGAAGAGGAAGCCAGCGCCCACGAAGGGCGUCUAUGGGUUGCUCUGUUGCCGAAUCUGGGCCUAACUGCAGAUCUGCAGUGGCGUGGUGCCACGAGCCAACGACGUCGGGAUGACAGCACAGUCGACGAUAUUCGUGCUCCGGAGAGCUUCUCAAAGGCAUUUUGCUGUGCGCAACAGGCUGCAGUUGCUAUGUAUCCCAUUCUGCGCGAGCAACUUGUGGCACAGCUUGGCGAGAAGAAGCCAUCAGCAACGAGUGCUUGGUUCACAGCGUGA